UCCGGGGAGAGCGGAUAUGGUGAAUGCGGGGGUCCGGGGAGAGCAGCGGAUAUAGAGAAUGCGGGGUCCGGGGUGAGAGCCGGAUAUGGUGAAUGCGGGGGUCCGGGGAGAGCGGAUAUAGUGGAAUAGGGAAUGCGGGGUCCCGGGAGAGCGGAUAUGGUGAAUGCGGGGUCCGGGGAGAGCGGAUAUAGUGAAUGCGGGGUCCAGGGAGAGCGGAUAUAGAGAAUGCGGGGUCCGGGGAUGAGAAAGAUAUAGUGAAUGCGGGGGUCCGGGGGGGGGAGAGCGGGGGGAUAUAGUGAAUGCGGGGUCCGGGGGAGAGCGGAUAUAGUGAAUGCGGGGUCCGGAGGAAGAGAGCGGAUAUAGUGAAUGCGGGGUCCGGGGAGAGCGGAGAUAUAGUGAAUGCGGGGUCCGGGGAGAGCGGAUAUAGUGAAUGCAGGGUCCGAUUUGGGUGGCUCGCGGUGUUUGUAAUCCAAAUCCGAUACAGUACAGCCAGUGUUGUCACCCGUAGGGCAAGAAGUGUAUUACUGGCAGGAUCACCAGGUGAAAAACCAUGGAAAAAAAGCUGAAAAAAGAAAACUAAUGCAGAUACCCAAAAGCAAAAACACACAAUAUACUGCAG